CUCUCUCGCCUUGCCAAUCUCCCCUGCUGGAUAGAGUUUGCGUUUGUGUUGUCUCUGAAUAACCAUGGCGGAGCAUCACCCUUAUGGCCAACAUCAGUACCAGCACCACCAGCAGCAACAGCCCCUGUCCCAUCAGGUGGUCAAGGCUGUGACCGCCGUCACCGCGGGCGGAUCCCUGCUCGUCCUGUCGGGCCUGAUCCUCGCGGGCACGGUGAUCGCGCUCACCAUCGCUACGCCGCUGCUGGUGAUAUUCAGCCCGGUGCUCGUCCCUGCGGUGAUCACAGUGGGGCUGCUGAUCAUGGGGUUCCUGGCAUCGGGAGGGUUCGGGGUGGCGGCGGUGACGGUGCUGUCGUGGAUAUACAGGUAUGUGACGGGGAAGCACCCACCGGGGGCAGACCAGCUAGACCAGGCGCGGAUGAAGCUGACAAGCAAGGCGCGCGAGAUGAAGGACAGGGCUGAGCAGUUCGGGCAGCAGCAUCUCACAAGCCAAUCGAAGAGGGAAUAUAUAAACGAACCAGUUCAUUUGGCGGUCUAUAUCAUGAAAUCUUUCUUUCUUUCUUAGUGUGUAAUGUGUAAUGCAGUGCAUGUCGGUGUUGGUCUCUGUGUGCGUAACGUAGAGAUCAUGAGGACAGAUUCUGGGCCCCGACGUGCUGCGUCGUUUUCAAUUACUCUGGUCUGUGUGGUUUCUUCUUCUUGUUGUAUGUGAGUUUUUGUCAAUAUUGAAUUGAUGG